UAAGUUUCUGAAGCGGUCUGUUCAGAAAGAACCCAAAAUAGUACGUUGGAUAUGCUAGAAGGAACCAUCAACUCAAACCAGUUUGAGUUCGUUUUCAUGGAGGUGCGUCUUCAGGAACCUUUUGGGUUUUUGAUGCGUCAACGGUGUACUUCCACUUGAAUUUUCACAGAUAAAGAAUGCAAUCAAAUUGAAAUGGUUACUUUCCCGUCAAAGUAAUUUUCUUUCUAAGGCAAAAAAACGUCCAAUCUCGCUCGUGUUGAAAAUUGCAUAACACCAAAACCGGCGAGGAUUAAUGUUGUCGUGUGGAGUAGCUUGUUUCUUAUCUAGGAUCUCGUCAUGAAGUCUAUGCCUCAUGAGAGAGGGACGUGCUUAAAACUAGCCUGUCCUAGCACAAAGCUUUCAGUUACGAAUCUGUUCUCAAAAAAGUCGGACAGAACUUCAAAGAGGAACUUAGAGAGAGAUAAGUGAUGUGUCGCACAAAUCUAGACCACUUACAGGAAGGCGACAAUUCGCCUCCAAAAUCACCUGUAGAGUUCAACAAACAGGUCGGUGGACACAGCAAGUUCUUAUGGAUUGGUGAAGGCAUGAUUGGCAAGCCCAAAGAUACCAGAGAAGCCGAAUUCUAUAAAAGACGUCCGUCCUUGCUCAAAAAGUAUUUACCCAGAUGCUAUGGAAUCAUUGAGGGCAGACAACUCUUUCAACAAACCUUUUUGAGGGAUGCGGAAAAUGCAAUGCUACACCAAGAGUACAUGAUCAUGGAGAAUCUGACCAGUCAAUUUGAGAAUCCCUGCGUCUUGGACCUGAAAAUGGGGACCCGCAUGCACGGUGAUUCCGCCACAUCCGCCAAAAUCAAAAGCCAAACCAAAAAAUGCCUCAAUUCCACGAGCGCGAGCCUGGGAGUGCGUUGUUGUGGGAGUCUGUGGUUCGACCCUCAAAGUGGCAAAUAUGAGCGACAAGACAAGUACAAAGGUCGAAAAUACAACGCGCAAGACUUUGAGGACGCUCUCUGUCGCUUCGUCAGCGAUGGAGUGACCUUAAGAGCAGAUGUGGUCCUAUUGUUGAUCUCUCAACUUCGAGGGCUCCAGAAAGCCAUCUCCAGCUUGGAUUCUCAUAGAUUUUACGGCAGUUCGUUAUUGAUAGUGUACGAGGGGUCAAAUUUCGAAUCGGAUUUCCAUGGCAACACUCAUUCCCAAGAGCGCUUGUCUGAGGGAGACAACGACGAGGAAGUUGAUAACCUUCUCGCUCAGGGUGGCGGUGGCGAUCCGCAACCGCCUCAAACAAACAAUGUUAUCAUCAAGAUGAUUGAUUUUGCUCAUAGUACAUUCAAGGGAUUCAUGGAUGACCCAAUUGUUCAUUCCGGUCCUGAUAAAGGCUAUCUCCGAGGACUGGAAACCCUGAUUAGUGUUCUAGAAAAUGGACUGAAAUCUGGGCCAAAAUUGAAGUCCACAUGACAGCAGUCCUGACGGUCGGCACAACGGGAUAUCGCGAAUUUUUUUGGUUCUGUUUGCCUGCCUUUAUUUAUAGUGUGCAAAUAAAUUUGAUUCCCUGUCCUUUAAUAAACAAUUGAACCUCUGUA